UCCAGUGUAAGGGUUGUGAGGGGAGUACCUGUCCAGUGGCUGCAGGCAGGACCACCUUUUCCCAGCAACCUGCCGUCAACCCAAUGCCACACUGGUGCUGGAAGCGGCUGUUAUGCACCUCUGCACCCUGACAUGGGCUGUGCACAUCUGCACAUCUCCUACUACCUCUGUGAUCCCAGCUGAGUUGGUUUAAGAAGCACGAGUGAGGAAAAAACUAUUUUAUUUUUUGUAAGGUUAGUUUUGUGGUUAAGACAGCUCCUUGUUGGGCUGGCUGAGUGGUGGAGCUGGUCCCUGAGAGAUCUGGACCUCACAGGUGGGACAGGGGGACAGCGUUUUGCAAUGUCUCCGUGAGAGUGGCUUGACUAUAAUGCCAUUUAUUGAGACUUUUAGGCACAGGUGAAUUCAACCUGGAAGAGCAGGUCAGCGUUUUUUGUAGCUCGGAGGCAGAAGAUGUGUGCAAGCGGAGCCCCACCUUACACCGAGUGCUCUGAAGGACACAGACAAGAAGAGUCUGGCAGCAAGGGAGCGACACCUGCACCACUGCGAGGGCUCAGGCAGGGGUGAAACACAGCGCCAGCAAUUCAAGGCACGGGGUUCCCGACGCCUGCCUCCUCCCUGCACCAGGAGCGAACGGGAUCGGCUUCUGGCACCGAAGGCUCCCUCCUCAGCUCUUCCAGGGAUUACCUGAAGGUACUGCAAGCCAGCCGCCCCCCGGGACAGAGCAGAGGCGAAGGGACGGCCACCUCGGGUCCCCCGGCAGGACGUCAGGGCACCCCCCGGCCCCUCGCAGCCCACCUCCGACCCCAGCCGGUCCCCAGCCGGCGCCGGACCUGAGCGCAAAGGAGUUAACAGGACUUUCUGCCUCUUCCCGCCCGCUCCUCCUCCUCCUCCUCCCCAUUACCUGCACUUUAUCACCGCCGGAGCCGCGGCGCGGGGCGGGGGCGGUGAAGGUGGAGGGGGGCCGGCGGCUCCCCCAGCUCCUGCCGGGGCUUUGCCGCCCGGCCGGCGGGGCCGAGGCGUGCGGGGGCCGCGGGGCUCCGCGCUCGGCUCCGCUCCGCUCCGCUCGGUGGGCGGGGGGCAGGCGGAGCGGGGCUGCGCGCCGUGAGCCCGGCCGGGAUGCGGCAUGGCUGGGGGCUCCGUGAGGAUGCCGCCGCCUCCGCCGUGUGAGGCUGCGGAGCCGGCCCGCGGCUGGAGGAGCCCCGGCGGGGGAGCCCCCGACCCGUCGCCGCCGCCGCCGCCCGUGCAGCUGCGGCAGAAGCUGCGGGAGCUGCCGGCGCUGCUGCGGAGCGGGCUGACGCUGCGCAGGAAGAGCGCGGCCGCCGCCGGCCACCGGACCCUGUCCAGAAGAAUUUCAAAUCCAUACCUGGAAACUCCUUCAAACAAGAUUUAUGGAGAAAGUUCCUCCUGUGCUGGGAGAGCCCUCAGGAAUAUUUUCACACUACAAGCUUCUGACCUGAUUAAAGACAGGGUGUACCUUACUGGAAUUUGCAGGAGGAGCUGUGUUGGAUCAGAACUGGUAGACUGGCUCUUGGAGCACUGCCCAUUUGUUAAGUGCAGAUCUACGGCAGUUGGCGUGUGGCAGCUGCUUCUGGAUAUGGGCAUUAUAUUAUCAGUGGAUAGACAACUGUAUUUUCAAGACGCUCAUGCUUUCUACCAGUUCUCAGCAGAUGAAUGUACCUACCUUUUCUGUGAAUUUGAGAAAGAGGAAUGCUGGAAGAAUGGUGUAAAGCUCCUACUUCAACUACUGCCAUUGGCUCCUCCCAGGAUUGACAUGCCUGAUCAAAAAAUAGAAGAUACGACAGAAACCAAUGCUGAAAUUCUUGCUCGUCUCACUUCUGCGGUACAGAGAGAGCUGGCUGCUGUCAUUGCCUUGAAAGCAAGGAAGUCAGCAAUUCAUCAAAAUGAAGAAAACAACAGUCAAGAAAAAAGAGGGCUAGAAGAGCUCAAGGAUACCUCUGAUGCUCAGGCAGGGGUUUUGUGCAAGCUUCAGGAAAGAGAUGACAUUGGACGGAUUGAGCUAGUCCAGAAGCUGGCACGAGAAAACUGUCAGUUUUUGCAGGCGGAUAGAAAACAACCAGAGAAGACUGAACAAGCGGAGGAUGGAGGCGGCGGCGAGCGGGCUCGGGAGGAGGCCGGCGCGGCGCUGGUGCUGCGGAAGGUGUGGUCACGCAGCCCGGCCCCCGAGCGGCGCGGGAGGUACGUGGUGGUGGCGGGGACGCCGGAGAAGAUUUUGGAGCAUCUCCUGAGCGAUCUGCACCUGGAAGCGGCGCAGGACAAAGACACCGAAACUCUCCUGGAUGACUUCCUUCUCACGUACACAGUUUUCAUGACAACUGAUGACUUGUGCCAGGCACUUCUGAGGCACUAUUGUGCAAAGAACUAUCAAGGGAAAGAAGACGACUCUGAUGUAUCCUGUAGGAAACGAAAAGUUUUGCAUUUGGUUUCUCAGUGGACUUCUCUCUAUAAAGACUGGUUACAUGAAGAUGAGCAUUUAAAACAAUUUUUAAAGACGAUAUACCGGAAUGUAUUAGAUGAUGUAUACGAAUAUCCCAUUCUUGAGAAGGAACUGAAGGAAUUUCAGAAAAUACUUGGGAUGCAUCGUCGUCACACUGUAGAUGAAUAUUCACCACACCGAAAGAAUAAAACCUUUUUCCACCAGUUCAGUCUAAAGGAGAGCUGGCUGCAGCACAGAGGAACCAUGAAUGAAGCAGAAGAAAUAUUCUGCCGUGUGUAUAUAACGGAGCACUCCUAUGUCAGCGUGAAAGCUCAAGUAACUGCUUCGGCGCAGGAGAUACUGAAGAUUAUAGCGGAAAAGAUCCAGUACCCAGAGGAGGAGCUGGCACUGGUGACAGUCACGUUCUCUGGUGAAAAACAUGAACUACAACCAAAUGACUUGGCCAUCUCAAAAUCUUUUGAAUCAUCGAGUCGGAUGUUUGUCUACCGAAAAGAUCUGACUGAUUCUUUGAACCCAUUUGCUGAAAACGAGGAGUUGCAGCAACGGUCUGUGAGAAUUUUGGGAAUCAACACCUGGGAUCUUGCCUUAGAACUAACAAAUUUUGACUGGAGCCUCUUCAACGCAAUUCAUGAGCAAGAGCUCAUAUACUUCACAUUCAGCAGACAGGGCAGUGCUGAAAACACUGAGAAUCUCAGUCUUCUGCUUCAAAGAUGCAAUGAGGUCCAGCUUUGGGUUGCCACUGAGAUACUCCUCUGCAGCCAGCUCUGCAAACGUGUACAGUUGGUCAAAAAGUUCAUCAAGAUUGCUGCCCACUGUAAAGCCCAAAGAAAUCUGAAUUCAUUCUUUGCUAUUGUUAUGGGUCUCAACACUGCGUCUGUCAGCCGGCUGUCUCAGACCUGGGAGAAAAUUCCUGGGAAGUUCAAGAAACUUUUCACUGAACUGGAAAGCUUGACAGACCCUUCUCUGAAUCACAAAGCUUACAGAGAUGCAUUCAAGAAAAUGAAAUCUCCGAAAAUUCCCUUCAUGCCCUUACUUCUGAAAGAUGUAACAUUCAUCCAUGAAGGAAAUAAAACAUUUCUGGAUAACCUUGUUAAUUUUGAAAAACUGCACAUGAUUGCAGAUACUGUUCGAUCGUUGAGGCAUUGCAGAAAUAACCAGUUUGGCAAUGAAGUUCCUUCAAAAGAGCACCAUGAACUGAAGCCAUAUGUCCACCACCUGCAUGUCAUCGACAACCAGCAAGCUCUCUUCGAGCUUUCUCACAGGAUAGAGCCACGCGUGUGAGCGUACGCAGCUUCGUAUAACCUUGUAACUGCAGCACUUUGAAUUAAGUGAAUGUUUAUGCCAAGCAUGUUGCUUCCCUAUACGAGAACAGUUUACUGAGUUUUAUCAGUAGCUCACACAACAUGCACAGGAAAAUCGGGCAGAGCAAGCAAAGAAGCUGCUCACAGAGCUGCAGGGUAAGCUUGGUGCUGUCCCCGCUCGUCACCAAGCAGAGCAGUGUUCUUUGAGCUCAAGAGCUUGGUUUCUGUGAAAAUAUUGUUUGGUCCAGUGUAGCUUUCAAUGCAGAUUCUGCCAGUAUUAGAAAGAAAGGAAGCGUCACAUCACAGCAGCAAACCAUUGCAGCAAGCAACAUGAAGCAAGGGGAUUCGCAGUUGGUCGCAGUGUGUACCUCACUAAUUCAAGGUUGCCAAAAAUACUGUGCAAUCCGGGCAGCUCCCCUGCAUCCACCGGAGCAUCUUUUUUGGGAUGAGUGCGGACAACCAAGGACUGGAACAUAAAAAGGCAGCACACCAGGUGAAGUUCAAGAGUGUGUCAUGAUUUGGAGGUCAGUAAACAGUUGAUACUGUAAUGGCCCCUUAGGAAUCUGCUUUAUAAAACACACUGUAGGAGCCAGUCCACUUUUGUUGCAGUUUCUGGACACAAUUGUUUGUACACAGAAAAUGUGUUACUUUCUUCCUUUUCAUUUAUCUCAGAUUUAGUACUAACCGCAUUUAAAGGGUUAUAGACUGUUAUAGAGGAGCUGCGUUUUUUCAGCUUGGAUUACACCCUCCUUUGUGUCAAUUCAGAGGCAAUGCCUAGGCUCAUCUACAUUCCUGACUAACCUUCUGGAAAUGCUCUGUUUUAGCAGGUAAGAUUUCACCUAACUCGCACAAGCUUCCAGUUCCUAAAGAACAGCACUGUACACCCUGCAGUAUAACGACCUGCAUACACAUCAGGCUGUUGGCAUUAGGGUCCCUUUCUACUUCUGUGCACCUCACACAUUUUCCUUAGCCAAUUUUCAUGUAAUUAAAAGUAGUACUUCAGGGCACGUACUGAGGCAGCAGUUCUAAAGUCCUGUCUACAACUGACCUAAAUCUACACACCGCUCUCACCAUAGCUCCGGUUUUCAGCAUGAAGAAGUUACACAAAAUAAUGUGUGCUGUUCUGCCUGGCACUCUCAUUCAUACACAGACAUGCAGUAACAGUCCCUUUGCAGAGCAGGGAGGUGGAUACAUUGCACCACUCUGCCCGUCUCUAUCCUAUGUUUUCCACGUGAGGAAGAUGUCCAAGAAGAUGCUCCUUUACUGAAAUGUGGAUCUACUGAACUAGCAUGCUCUUCAUCAUUGUGUUAUCUCUGGUUUAAAGGGAUUUUUAAAAAGCAGCUUUAAUAAGUAGUCUGUGGGGAAAAUCUGUAGAAUGCAUUCAGUUUUCCCAUCUGUGAAAUAUUGUAUAGAUCUAUUGUAAAGGAAACAGAUGUUUCAGAAAUGUAUUUGCUUGUACUUUGUUAUUAUCAAAUACUAUAUGACUUUUUUUUUUUUUUUUAAAGAAAAAAAAAUCUUCUUUUUACCCAGUAAAAAGAAAGAAAAAAAAUAAACUCUUGCUGGCCAUGGAGUAAAAAUUUCCUAUGUUCUUCUGUAGAUGUGACUGCACAUAUUGUAAAUAAGUCUUUUGUGCAAACAGACCAAAACUGUUCAGAUGAGUAUACUAGCUGCAGUGGACUCCCUUUUUGCAGUGUAAGAACACAAACCAUGGGUUGAAUUUGCUUCUUGUUUUGUUGCAGUUCUUCCUCUGGCUCCAGCACUCCCUGAAUCCCCACCCUUAGAUGCAUUACCUGCAUUGUCUGCUGGUUUUUGAGCUCCCCCUUGUGAAAUCUCAUUACUACAAUGUUAUUUUUAAGAGCCUGCAUGUAGACCUGACUGCAUGCAUUAGCACAUAUGUUAUAAUGCUAUUCCACAAGUUGUUCUGUUGAAAACUGUGGGAGAGGGAGCAUAAGAAAGUACUUGCAGUUCACUGCAUUCAGCUCUGUGAUAGUUUUGGUGGUUACUGCUGUUGAAGCAGCAGCAGUGCCGGAGAAGAAUAAAGGAAAUGAAAGAAGAGAGGAAAAAAAUAAAUAAAAAAGACAACAGCUCUGGCUUUAACUUGAAAGUAUGCUAAAGCCAGCUUGAAGUCUCCUCACUGCCAGUUCAAACUGGCUGAAGUAAGUUGUUGGGUAAUGUACCAGUGGGCUUCAAGCCAGCCUGAGCAUUGGCUUUCUGCACCACUGUAACUUCAUACUGAAUCGGGUGUUGUCUGUCCCUUACAGCUGGCAUGAAAUCAGUUUGAAGGCACAAAGCCAGCACUAAGCAUGUUAUCCAAGUUCUGGCUAACUGGACUAUUUUUUAAAACUUUACAAACUAAUUUUUGUAGUGGCCUUUAUUAUUUGAAUAUGACUUGAUGGUCUGAGGGACCGACUUUGGUGCAUCAAUUUCACAUUGAAAAUAUGGGUCUUUAAUGUUAUCUAGAAGAAAGGCAAGUAGCCCAAAUAAUAUGUCUAACAAACAAAAAGGCCUGUCAAAGUCUUCCUUCAACACCUGAAGUAUUGCAGAGCUGGGCUUCGGACUGGCAGGCACUUUGAAGGUGUGGUGGGAGGAGAAACAAACCCUGUGAAAGUGCCAGGGGCACUACAUAGCCUCUCCCGGGGCCCAGCACAGGUAAAACUGUGAUUUUUAAAAUUCAUUCUUGCCCAAUAGCACAUUUAUGUUACAUGGAUAAAAUCCAUGAAUCUGUAAGUUCAGUAUAUCACAGUGACACCUGAGGUUAAAUAUUCUGCAUAUUUUCAUGAGUAGCUAGGAGGAGUAAUUAGACAAAACCAAGGAAAAAGCUAGGUCACCCUACACAUCUGAUGUGUGAUUUUGCUGCAUCAAAUGUAGAUGCUUCCAUUAUUUGAUUCUAACCCCAUUUCAGAUAGAAGUUAACUGCAUUUGCAUGACACUAGCAAAAAAAUAAAAAUAAAAAGUAUAUUGAAACAAUAAGAUACGUGGCUGUAAAAUUACAAAGAAAGAUGUAAAUACUAAACAUUUUAGCAGAGUAAUAUUUAUUUGCAUAGCCUAUUUAUUGUCAUCUUAUUACACUGUUAAGAAAUACUGGGAUGAAGUCAGUGAGCUGAGGUAAGAACACCUGCCUGUUAUGUUCUCUCUGAGUGCCAUAAUGCUGUCAGCUUGCAUUAAAAGUAAUAAAACAGAAAACCCCAAAUCAAGGUAUUUACCUAACUUCUCAGGGACUACAGCUAGUAGUUAUCCACCGCUAUGAGACCUGGUAUGUAUGAAAUAAUCUGAUUUACCAGAAUCAAUGUUGCCAAUGUUUUCCUUUUCAUAUUUCAUGCUUGUCUGCCUCUGUACAUAUUAAUUGUGUUGUGUAUUUAUGAGAGCUAGUAAGCAAUAAUUUAUAUGUCAAAAUGGCCAAGCAAUACAAGGUUAAAACUUGUAGAAGCAACUGUUACACUUAUCUUGCAUUUUCCAGUGUUUUUUAAUAUUGCUUUUCAAAAUAUAAAAACUACCUUAAUGAAGA